UUUAGUUUGUGGGCUGUGUGUAGUCGGCACUCUGUACAAGGCGAGGCUGCAGUCAGUGAGUGAGCGAGUGAGCAAGUGAGCUGCCGGGGCCCCAGGAGAUCCGCGUUGUGUUGUGUUGACCUCAGCUGUGUAACCAUGUUUAAAUGCGGACUCGCCUUCCCCCGCUGUCGCUGGAUCCUGCCCUUGCUGCUGCUCCUGGCCAUUAUCUUCGACAUCAUCGCGUUGGCGGCCAGCUCGGGAUGGGUGGACUCGAAAUAUCACUAUGCCUCUCUGUGGGAAGAGUUCCGCGGCAGGGAGCCAAAGUGGGAAGCGUUCGACCUCAUGAAGUUCGGUUGGGCACAGGCAACUGCGGCCCUGUUGAUCAUCGGCUUAUUACUGUUGAUCGUCUGCUUCAUCCUGUCCAUCGUGGCUUUGUGCAAAGAGCGACCUAGUCUGCUGAGAGUAAUUGGAUUCAUCCUCUUCAUUGCUGUCCUGCUCCAGUUCGUGGCGCUGGUUAUCUACCCAGUCAAGUUCACCGACGUCCUGGUCCAAAGCGGAGCUUACGAGUACAGCUGGGCCUACGGGUUUGCGUGGGGCGCCACCAUCCUGAUGAUCGGCUGCGGCAUCUUCUUCUGCUGUCUGCCCAAGUACGAGGAGGAACUGUACGGUCUGACCAAGCCCUACUACAUUUACCAGUCAAACUGAUGAUGGCCAGGAAUCUUGCAUCCUGCUGCCGUGGAACACCGCUGGUGCCUUCUUCCUGCAUCUUCAGUGACUCAUUUAGAAUGCACGAUAAAGACUCUAAUCCCUUUUAUUAGGCUCUUGCACAUGUUAUCAUUCGAUUAACUGAAUCUCACUUUAAUGCUAAAGUAGUUUGCUUCAAAUAGUUGGUUGUGGGGAGCGAGUGGGAAGAUGCAAUUGAAUGUGGAGAGGGAGCAUAAAUGUAAAAUUAGCACAAAAUGCAAUUGACAUCUCGUCUGAACUUGAACAUUAAAUGUACCUCCAUCUCUUCCCCUUCUGGUGUCUACUACAAAUAAUAUGCAUUUGGAGAUGUGUGUCUAACUGUAGGUAGCAGGAAUAUUUGGGAAAUAUCGAGUUAAGGGAGAGAUUAUUGUAAAAUAAACUCAAUUAAGGGAUGGUAAUAUAACCAGAAUUAUCGCAGAGUGGACUCAUUUUUAAAGGCUGUAAAAUAUGUAUUGGGUGAUGAAUGCUAUCGCUUUAUAUGUUUAAAUAAUCAAGUUAAAGUUAUGUUACUCAUUCAGUUUUGGGGGUUGGGAGAAGGUAUUGUACAAAUGGUAUUAGCAUUGGUAGCUUUCAACCAAGUGUUUUAUUAAACAGUCUAAAAUCUA